GUGUGUGUGUGUAUGUGUGUGUAUGUGUGUGUAUGUAUGUGUGUGUCCUCCCCGGCCGCAUGAGAUGAGCUGCCUGCAGUCUUUGCAGCCACUGUUUUCGCCUCUUCCUCCGCCUCUUCUCCUCGCUCCUUGUCGGACCACUCCGAGAAUGUUGACCACCGCGGUCUGAUCCACCGCUGCCGAGCGUCCCUUCAUCUCCACACUGCCUCCACUGCCCGUGUGUGUCCCUGACGGUCGCAGCCUUCCUCACACUGCCCUGGCUGUAAGGUUCCGCUCUGUCCAUCUUGUAUCGAAACUGAUCCAACCAAGCAAAUUGUACGAAAGAGCUGACAAACACAAAACAUGGCUGUGGCCGGAUGUCCGGAUUAUUUCCUGCAUCAUCCAAACUAUCAGCAGGACAAUAUAGACCGGUCUUCCAAUCACAGACAAGCUGACCUCAUUGGUCCAGCCUUCCAGCAAUCAGCCAAUCGGAGUUCUCCUAACCAUCAAGAGGAUGAUGUCGAUUUAGAGGCCCUGGUGAAUGAUAUGAACUCUUCGCUGGAGAGCCUGUACUCCACCUGCAGUAGUCAGCAGACAGAGUCAACCCCACUACUGCACAAUGGACAGACCUCUGCCUCGCACCACCACCACCAUCACACGCAACACAACCAUCCUCGGCAGGGUCAGCAAUCACACGUGCUAGGCCACGCCUCCCCAGAGCCGCCCUCCUCCACGUCCGCGGACGCCCAGCAAACCGGCCUCCGACGGUCACAACCCAUGCACAUCCUUGCUGUCAGGAGAUUGCAGGAGGAGGAGCAGCAGCUGAGGACAUCAUCUCUCCCGGCCAUCCCCAACCCCUUCCCCGAGCUCUGUAGUCCAGCAAGCUCCCCUGUCCUCAGUCCUGGCUCCCUACCUCCUGGAGAACCCUCCACUGGCAACUAUAUUGUGAAGAUCUUCAGUGAAGACGGCAUGGGUAAAGUGGUGGAGAUCCCAGCCGACAUGACAGCCAGAGACCUGUGCCAGCUCCUGGUUUAUAAAAGCCAUUGUGUGGAUGACAACACUUGGGCACUUGUUGAACACCACCCGCUGCUAGGACUAGAGCGCUGUCUAGAAGACCACGAGCUGGUGGUUCAGGUCCAGGCCUCUAUGAACAGCGACAGUAGAUUCCUCUUCAGGAAGAACUAUGCCAAAUAUGAAUUCUUCAGAAAUCCCCUGACAUUUUUCCCGGAGCACAUGGUUGCAUGGUGCCAGGAAACCAGCCGUACAAUUCCACCAUCUCAGCUCCUUCAGAACUUCCUAGCGACCAGUAGCUGUCCAGAGAUCCAGGGUUAUCUGUAUGUGAAGGAGGUGGGUAGGAAGUCAUGGAAGAAAGUUUACAUGUUCCUGCGGCGCUCAGGACUCUACUGCUCUACAAAAGGAACCUCAAAGGAGCCCAGACAUCUACAGUUACUAGCAGACCUUGAAGACAGCAACAUCUUCACUGUCAUCACAGGCAAAAAGCAGCAUGGUGCACCGACAGACUAUGAGUUCUGUAUCAAGCCCAAUAAAGGUCGCGGGGAGUUGAAGGAGUUGAGGAUUCUGUGCGCCGAGGAUGAACAGGGCAGGACUUGUUGGAUGACUGCCUUCCGACUCUUUAAGUAUGGGAUUGUAUUAUACCAGAAUUACAAGAUUCCUCAACAAAGAAAAACCUUACUUUCACACUUCUCAGCACCUGUGCGGAGUGUAUCGGAAAACUCCCUUGUGGCAAUGGAUUUCUCAGGGAGGAUAGGCAGGGUGAUUGACAACCCUGUGGAAGCUCAGAGCGCUGCCAUGGAGGAGGGACAUGCGUGGCGGAAGAGGAGUCAACGAAUGAACAUUUUAGGCUCCCACAGUCCACUACACCACUCCUCAUUAAGCUCAGUCAUCCACAUAGCUCAGUUGUGGUUCCAUGGCAGGAUAACCAGAGAAGAAUCCCAUCGCAUUAUCCACCAGCAGGGACAAGUAGAUGGGUUGUUUCUGCUGAGAGUCAGUCAGAGUAACCCCAAGGCGUUUGUGCUCACAUUGUGCCAUCACCAGAAAAUCAAACAUUUCCAGAUACUACCGUGUGAAGAGGACGGCCAAGUCUUCUUCAGCCUUGAUGACGGCGCCACCAAAUUCACCGACCUGAUUCAGCUGGUGGAGUUCUACCAGCUCAACAGAGGAGUGCUGCCUUGUAAACUCAAACACCCGUGCACCGUCGUGGCCUUAUGACAUCUUCGGACCUUCUGACCCCAUGACCCCUAUCACAUGACCUGACUCUGCCUAAAACAAACAAAACAACAAGAAUCUUUCUGUUGGGCGGUUCUUUUUGGUUUUAUCUUUAUAAGAAGCUGGUGAAUUGACUGAUGUUUUGUUUUGUCACUUUCUAUUGUCGUGAGUACGCCGGAGACUGCUGACUUGUUGGAUUCCUUUUGGUUUGCAUGGAUGUUCGAGGAGUCGUAUGCACAACAACGAGGUUCAGUAGUCAAGAAGAGAGAAGAUAAAGGAAAUGAACACUGCCGUUUGUGUCAAUGCUGUUGCAGAAUCUUCCACAAUCUUGCUACCCAUAGUCAUCAAUAAGCUUGGGCACAGUGACCCUCAAGGUUUUAUCACACAGCUCAAGUUUACUGUGUUUCCCUUCAACUGGACAAUCAGUAGGACAAUUCAAGCUGUCGUGUGGACCACUCUGCUCUCUGAGAACAAACAGUAGUUUCAUUCAAACUUCAUCACACGUCCUCAAAGAAUAUACUGUAGAUGGAGAUUUGAUUGUCUCUUAGUUUUGCACUCAUCGAACUGGGAAUGGCCUUUUGACAGUGCAUGACUUCUCCGCUGUCGCAAUACUUAACUGUGAGAUGGUGCCACUGCCCUCUAGUGUCGUAGGCCUGUAAGGACGUGUCAAAAUUCAACAUGGAUGAGAUUCGGAUGGGCCUGUAAGUGUUGCUUUUGAGUGCUUUUGAGGUUGGGAAACAUCAAAAGUUUGUCAAAUCAAACUAGCCUGGAGAAAAUGGCUAAGGAAAAAUCUGGAACUGUAAAAAGUCAAAGUAUUUUUUUAAAUAGUGGACAAUUCAAAAUCUGCAUUGUCCACCCUCAAAUUUAUUUGUUCAUCUCACACUAUUCUUAAUGAUACAUUUAUUGCAGUUAUGUAUUGUUAUUGAUAUUCUGUUUUCUUUAAGUCCACCUUUUGCAUUCUGGAUAGUUGUGGCUCUUCAUUAUUCACAUAAGAUUCAAAGAGGUCAUUCUGUACUCAUGUUAUUCUAUUACCAGCUACAGUUAAAGUAUUUCCCAUGCAACUUUCACAAAACUGAAUAAGCAAACCACGGUGUCAUUCAGGGUGAAAUAACAAGUAAUAGUGCUAGAAGAAUUUUGUAACCAGGUAGACAGUUUUGGUGGUAGUAAUGUUGAAAAGUGAAACCAGGUAACUAUUUUGGGGGAAAUUAGAAAAUACAGCCAUAUGCAGCAGUUCACUGCAGGCAAAGUAACACCAGUUGCAAAAGAUAAAGUCAGACAAUGGAAAGUAUCAAUCUUUUGUGCGAUUCUCCUCACCACAACACAGGGAGGGACAACCACUAGCAUUUCCUUCAGGUGUUUUUCCAAUGACAACAAAUCAAAAGAAACACAAAAUAAUGAAUCAUUGUCAGCCAGGAGACACAGUGGAUUGUGGGAAAAAUCUGUCCUCAUUCUGGAAGCUCUUUUCACAUAUGUUUUUCAUAUUUUUCCAUAAAUUGCCGCCUACCUGAUGGAAGUCAGGGAUAUGCUGUCAAACAUAAAUGUGGCUAGGGACUCCACACUGAUAGUAGACUCUGUGCAUUACAUUCCAUAUAGUGCGGCCUUUUUCUACCUGGAAGUACUUGUGAACCAUUAGUAUCACUUAACACCUACUGCCUACUGCACGCCACCUCUGUAUGAAUUCUGACUGUCUAAAAAAGUAAGCUGCUGUUGCUACAGUGUGGACAAAAUGUGAAAGGAGAAAAGAAUAUUGUAAACAAACAAUAGCUGCAUCUCCUUCUCUAUCUCUCAACCUGUCUCGCCCGGUCUCAUCACACUUUCUUUAGCCUGCUGUUGUAUAAAGUGAAAAUCCUCUCAGUGGUGUGGCAGCAACGUAAAACUGGAGUUCAGGAGAAUUCAGACUUCAAAAUACAACUGAUUAUUUUAACCCAUGUCCCUUUAUCUUAAUUCACUGAGUUGCCUCUGGGAGACGACAGUGAGAGCGUCAGACAGAAAACAGAGGACAUAAAACUCUGAGUUAGUUUGUGGGCACUGGAUACAUCUACCUUUUGUCCCAGACUGUGCAAUUUCAGCAAAAAUCUAUUGUUUUCCUAAUGCCAGCCAAGGUCAGUCAAAGAGGUCUACAUUUAAAUGGAUUUCCCUUUGUGUUUUGGCCGAGUCUAUGCUGGAGAUCCUGUAAUUAACUAUACUGAAAGAAAGAUUUCACCACGGCGUCUCUAGAUAACCAGGAUCAAUUUUUUUUUUUAAUAGAUAGGGAUACUUUUUCAGCACCUAUUGAUCACGUCUGGGAGAAUGGAGCUAAAUAGACAACACAUGAAGGGCAAAACCCAGCCAUCUCAAAUUCUGGGAAGACAAACAUUAGGUAAAUGCCCCAAGUUAUUGCAAGUAUUUCUGAUUAUAUUUAUACUCAAAGUUUAUCAAUUCGGUUCGUAAUCACCCUCUUUGAAAUGUCUCACCACAAAUAGCAGUUUUCAAUAGCAAUAUAGCCAGUUCAAUUUUUUCACCUGAAAUUUCUAAAACCUCACACUUUAAAGUUUUAUUUAGUCCAAACUUUGGUGGUAGCUCUGGUUAGGUCACCAGCCAGCUGACAAUUAGAUAUCUAUUUGUACUUACCUGUAAUACAACAUCAACAGCCAUGAUUUAUUUACCUGCAGGUUGUCUUAAAGUAUAUUGAACAUCUGAGAUUCAGAAUAGCUGUACCAUAUUGACUCUCUGUGCAUGUUCACCCUUAUUUAUCUAAGAUGCAAUGACUCAAUCAUUUUUUAAAGUAUUGUUGCAGCAAAAUGUAUUUAUUUAUCUGGAUGUGACUGAUUACUUGAAAAUUUUAGAUUUAUUUUUCUCAGCGCUGUUCUGUACUGUUUUCUUUUGUCAUUACCAUGAAAUGAUUGACCAGUGUGAUUUAUUAUUAUAAUUAUUAUUAUUGUGAUGACAUAGCAUCUAUUGGUGUAUUUUGUUUUCAUUUUUUAGUUUAAUUCAAAAAAUUAUUUUGUCAUCAUCAACACUUGUUAUGAAGUGAUGUUUUAAAGCACACUGGCACCAUAGUGUUAACAUUGUCAUUCCAAUAGAUGACAGGUGGAAUGUUGUGAAAUUAAAAACAGAGAAUACCUGAGUUUCCCAAAGCAUUAGUUACUAACUUGUUUUUUCACCAAGAUCUAUAAAAAUAUCUUUUUUUGUUCCAAAUUAUUUUUAUGUCAUUUUAUGUUUAAAAGCCUCAAAUGUUUUCCUCAUCACUGACCUAAACUUCAAAAAGUAGAUAUAAAGAUAUUAAUUAAAGUAAUAAAGCCACAAAUGUUUUGGGAAACUGGGUCAGUUUAGCCUCAACAUUCUCAUAAUUCACUGUUUGAACAUCUUGCCUUCAGGAAAGAAUUGUAAAAAUUUAGAUGUAGAGAAAAGCCCUUUACAUUCAAGUUACCCCCUCCCGUGUAAUUCAAACCAUACCAGAGCAUCAUUGUUAGAUGGGUCACAACAUUGACAUCCUUUCAGCAGAAUGAAAUAACUAGUAGGUAGGUUUUAUCAUUUACAUGAAUGUGGAAUCCCGAUUCUAACAAAAAUGAUUUUGUAGUUGCUGAAAAUCAUCUUGAGCUGUUGAGAUGUCUCCGAAAUGUUGAUUCUAGCUGUUUUCCCUGAGAUUGGAUUCAGUCCACCCACUCUGCAGUCAUCCUCAAACUCACAAUAUUUAAAAAGAAAUUCUGAUUGAGGUGAAAGGUGUCAGCUGUCAACAUGUGAGAGACCAGUGGCCUUUAAGGUGGAGUUGACAUGAAAACUGUUAUAUCCACAGGGUCUCACUCUAAAUGGAAAAUGCAAAUGCAAAUUCAGUUAAUGAACACAUGAAAAAAUAAUCAGGGGAUUUGGAUAUCCACGCUUUUACUCUUAACAGAAAUGAAUGUAACUGGGUUGCUCAGGGUUGACUUGGAGCAUGUUAAAAACUACUGGUCCGUCAGAUCUUUUAUGUACAAGAUGAUGAUGGAUUCAUAAAUAUUUUAGUUCCAUUAAGGUGGGAGUUGUUAUGACAGACUUUUUUCCCUUAUGUGCAACACCAAUCUGCUAGUUGUAAUUACUUGAAAAGUAUCCUUGCAGCAAAAUUGAGUAGAUCCAGUACUAUUUAAAGAGUAUGCUUAACAGUGUUGCUAAUACUAUUGUUCAAGCUGUUUAUAACGACGCCUAAAAUACUUACCUGGCUACCUGCGAUGAGUUAAAACCCCAACAGGUGAUCAUAAAACAUCCUGAAUUUUCAUGCCAUCAAUUCUAAUAAAAUGGAAGAAAUUCGAUUAAUUUAAUUAUAUUACGCUGUGUUUUACAGAGAUUAUCAAAUAGACACUCAAACAUGUAAAUAAAACAUCUGACAGUGUCAGUUUUGGUAGCCAAGUAACUUGUAACAACAGAUGGUGCCUCUGAUGACUUCUCUUUCUCUGCACAAACCAGGCCUAACAUGUGGACCAAAUGACACACAGGACUAUCACUUAGAGGGGACCGUUCACACUCAACAACCUUGCAAUUUUAAUAAGUUCUUAUUAUUGUAUAAUACAAUUAGUAAAAAAAAAAAAAAAGCAAAAGGCACUCAAAAUGAUUCUGGUGAAAGGAAAUAUAGAAUGAAUGCUUGUAUUUUCAGUUGAAGUUUCAGUUAACUUUUAAGGGUGAAAGUGAAUUGGCCCCUAUCCUGCAAAGAUGGAUUAAUCGAUUAUCACCUUAACUCUUGUGCAUUUUCAUAACAUUGUCACAAUGCAAGAUACCGUGGCUGUACAAAUGAGUAAAGUAAAAAUAUAUCUAUAUAUAAAAAUAUAAACUAUUAUGUAUUUCAGGGAAUGCAAAAAAGAAAACAGUAACUUAUCUCUUUUUUAUAAGAGAGAGCUCCUGUAUUCAAAAUGUGCUUUGCUUCAAUCUGUAAAUAGUUGAAUGGCUUAUAAAUCUUAAUUGUAACCUUUUCAGGUAUUUUUGUACAAAUAAGGGACUGAUAUAUUCUGUUUAUUGUAAUUAGAAUAAAACAUUAAUACAUUGAUAUAAAAA